AGCCAACUGGCACCGCCCCGCCCGAGGCGCCCGCCCCCGCGACCCGCUAGCCGCCGAGGCCCCAAGGCGCGGGCGGCCAGGGCGGCGACGACGGGGGCCGCGGGACAGAGGCCUCCCUGAUGCUUGGAGCAGAAAGAAGGCGCGGGUGGCUGGCGUCACCUUGGAGAGGAGCUGAAGACGAGCCAGAUAAAAAGCACUGAACAAAUGCUGGUUCCAAAUCCCCGGCAGGGAUCAGAACGCCUCUGCUGUGCUGAAAGCCGACCCAAGCACAGGUCAGGAGCGGGCAGUUACAGGAGCUGCGGCCAGUUUCUGUCUAGUUGUACGAUGUCCUUUCAUUCGGGACACCAGAUACACCUUUUCAAACUUAGUGGUCCAAGUCGUGGGGUCAGAAUCGCUGUCGACACAAGUCCCCCCUGAGGUGGGCGCCUCGUCCCUGUCCACUGCACACCUAACACGGUGCACCCAACCAUCACCAGGAAACGCUGCGGCCAGGGCGCUGCAGACCUGCUUGCUGACUCACGGGUGGCUCCUAAGUGUCUUCUCAGAAUGCUCGGAGGCUCCUCUCAGGUUUCCUUGCAAAGAACCCUCACAAGGGUGUUGCCUGUAAAUGGCCUGAAUUUCUCAUUUGUACCAGUAGGUUAAAGAAGGAAUCCUCAAAACCCAGCAGCUGAAAACCCGGUUCAUCCGGUUCAUUAGUGCGUUUAGCGCAAAGCACGGGCUCAGAGGCCUCCUGCACAGGAGCCCAGGAGAGGGGAGGUUCCGGCCAGCGAUGAGCGGCCGCGUCCCGCUGGCAGAGAAAGCCCUGUCCGAAGGCUACGCCCGGCUCCGGUACCGGGACACCUCCCUGCUCAUCUGGCAACAGCAGCAGCAGAAGUUGGCAUCUGUGCCGCCCGGGACGUACCUGGGUAGGAGCCGAAGCCUGUGGUACUCACAGUAUGGAAAUGAGGCCAUCCUCGUCCGGGACAAAAACAAGCUGGACGUCUCCCGGGACACGGGGCAAUCCAAGUUUUGCUCUGUUAUGUAAUUCUGGUGUGAAAACCUGAGCCCAGGCACCCAGCCGCCUUGCUGAUCCCUAGUCCUUACUGGGCGAUCCGGAACAGUGACCGCGAAGGUUGAGCUGUGGUAGAACCACCCCAAAAUCCCAGAGAUGGCGCCCCGGCCCAUUCGCAGUCAGGCUGAUGGGUGGACUUGGCUCCUGGACUCCAUUCUGAUCUUGCUGGCGCUGUAGGCACAGGCCAGCUCCGGGGCCCGGCUCGAUGCUGUUUUGGUUAUGCUUCUGAAUAAGUCAAGCGGGAGGGACACCCCGGUUACAGACCACCUCUUCACAUUCUUACAGGCUCUUCUUUAGGAUUCCCUUCUGCCUGGUAAAGAGUGGGUCAGAUCUAGAAAAAGGUGAAGGAAUUGGCAUCACGCCGGGUCGCAAAACCACGCGCGGGACCAAGAUGUGCAGGGCCAAGAUGGAUUCACCCUAAAUGGUCAUCGGCAGCAGCAUUUCAGCAGGGACUUUGUGGCACUUGAGUUUUGAGUCUAGUAACCAAAACGAUCACUGCUGCGUGUGAUGCACUGUGAUGGCUCCUACACUAGCUUCCUGCUGGAGGUUUGUGGGGCAAAGGCAUCCCCCAAACAUUAAGGAAACCCCCAAAUUAUUAAGUUACACAAAAGUUGCUAACAGUGAUUUCAAUUUUAAUCACAGGGCUGAAAUAGGCAGGUUCUCAGCCGACAGUAGUUCAGCCUCUACUCGGAGGCUGCAGCUCCCGGCCACCUGCAGUGUUGGAUGUGCGUCGGCCGUGACCACACUACAAGCAGUCUCGGCCCACCUGUGUGGGCAGCUUUAUGAGUCACUUUUAAAGGAUUUGCUGUCUGCUGUAAUUAUGGUCUGUGUGACGAGGCAAACGUGGAAGUGUCUUUUUGUCAAAGCUGAGUUUUCUAAGUAAAUCUCCUUUAGGAGCCGCCUUCCUUCCUCACUCCUUAUUUUGAUCUCUUUGCUCCUAAUAGCCUAACUUGGCUUUCAGGUUUUUUUUUUUUUUUUUUAACAACAGUAACAUCUAACGAUUGCUAAAAACCCCAGUGCAGAAAUGCACGAAGCGCCCUCCCCAGAGGCGGCGGCCGUCAGCAGCUCGGCGCACGCGUGUGCCGGGGUUCCAGAGGCGGCGUCCCGCACCGCGCAGCAUCUGGUUCUGUGACUUUCUGCUCAGCUGUACAGACGGGGCGAUUACAUCACGCUCCCAAAGGCCUGCUGGCAGCGCUCCCGUGAGCGCACAGGUGGGCAGAGACCUUCCCGCUGUCCAUGCACACGGCACGUCCCAGGCUUCCCUUUGCAUGGCUCCUCCUGAAGGCGUGCAAGCUGGUCAGCAGACAGCAUCCGGAAGGGAGCUGCUGGGUCAGACUGCUUUCCCCCAAUGUCACGUGUCCAGCCAGAGGCCUGGUCCUUGCGCAGGGAGCCUCGGCUCGCUUACUGCCUCAGGUGGGGAGGCUGGAAGGCAGAUUUCCUUAAGCACCUCCCCGAGGUGAAGAGGGAAGCCUGUCUCGUCGACACAGUCAGGAAGGACUCUGCACUAAAGGCUCGCCCGUCCAGGCGCCCGGACACUGGAACGCCCCAGUGGACAGGCCUUGUCAGCAUCUCUGCGCUCCUUCGACUUCAGUUCAGUUUGGGAAGAAGGCAGACUUCGGACUUGGCUGGAAUGCCUCUGUGCUGCAUGCUCACUGCCCCUCAGACGAACCUAGAAACGGGCCGUGGUUGGCUCAGCCGCAAGCACAGAGGUGGUGGCCGGGGAGGCAAGCACGGGCCACGGCCGCCGUCGGCACUGGUCGGGUGUGCAGGUGACCGACGUGCCCGGGGCCGCUCGCACGCGGCACUAAGCUGCUUAGCGAGCGGGGAGGUCGCGUCUACCCUGGGGACGCCUGGGCGGCUGGCCUUCCCGGCUGGGGCUGGGGAUGCCGCAGUGGACGUGCCCAGUUCCCGUACUCGGGGAGCUCA